UACAUGUCUUAAAUAAUAAUAAUUAAAUAAAAUAAUAAAUAUCAAAUGUUCAUGAGUAGAAUGUAAGAAGAUAGAAACGUGAUUUAAAAGAGGUUAUUUGAUAUUAUAAAUAAUCAAAAAAUAAUUAAAAUGUUAUCUUUAAUUCAACGUUAUAAAGCUAAAAAUGUCAUGAAACCUUUGUUAUCAUUUUUUACAACAAAUAUCGAUGAUGAUAUAGAAUUUCGAGUAUUGCAGAUAAUGCCUGAUGAAAACAAAUUUUUAAAGAAAAAACCACAAAACAAUAUAAGAGAUAUUACAUCUAAAGAUGAAAUAAUACCACUCAAUCAAAAUUGGCAAACAAUUUGGCCUGCUGCACAUACAUUUCAUCCUGAUAUUGUACCAUUUCCUUUACAACAAGGAUAUAAAAAUACUAAAGGUUUACAUCCUAAUAAAUAUGCAAAUGCAGAGCUAAUGAAAAUUCCAAACUUUUUACAUCUUACUCCACCUGUGAUCAAAAAACAUUGUAAAGCAUUAAAAAAAUUUUGCACAAAAUGGCCAGAAGAUUUAAAAACGGAUGAAGCAUGUGCAAAAUAUUUUCCUAUUGAAAUUAUUUCGUCUGAUUAUUGUUAUUCUUCUCCUACGAUAAGAGAACCUCUUGCUAGAAUAGUGAGUUUAAAAGUAAAAUUAUCCUCUUUGCAUUUAGAUGUUCAUGCUAAAGACAAAAUACUUAGAUUAUUGGGUAAUAGAUAUAAUCCUCAAACAGAUAUAAUAACAAUAACAGCAGAUAGAUGUCCAAUUAGAAAACAAAAUUUAGAUUACGUAAAAUAUCUUUUAACUGCAUUAUUCCAUAUAGCAUGGCGUGUUGAACCAUGGGAAACAGAAAAAACUGAAGAAGAUAUGGAAUAUUAUGAUUGGGAUAAAAGUAAAAGCAAAGAAUCUUUAACAUCUACAUACAAUUGGCCAAAAAUACCAAUUGAUUUCAAUUAUGAAUAUAUCCCACAUGCAACAGAAUAUAAAACUGCAGUUUCUGAUUUAAUAAAUAAAGGAGAAAAUCAAUUUUCAAUUAAUAAAUACAAACAAGCUGUUAAAAAUGUAUUAAAUCUGAAAUUUCAUGAGAAUGUAGAAUAAAUAUUUAUAAUAAUAUUAUAAUGUUUAUUAUUAAUAUAUCAAUUAUUAUAAAACAUUCUUGUAAAAAAAAAAAAUACAAAAUUGUAUUUAUAUGUA